AUGGCACCGUGCGAUGUUGUUGAGCCACCAUUCUACGAGAUGGUUGGUCUGUUUGUUGACGAAGCAAUGGCGCAUGUUGAGAAAAAACUCAUUGCUGAAAUGCCAUUCAAUGGUUCUUCCACCGAGAAGGAACACUUGAUCAAGGGUAUAUUGAAGUCCAUAAAACCCUGCGAUGAUAUCCUUGAGUUCAACUUUCCUGUGAAAAUGGACAGUGGGGAGUAUGAAAUGAUUCAAGGCUGGCGUGCUCAACACUCCCAUCACAUUACUCCUUGCAAAGGCGGUAUUCGUUUCUCACCAGCUGUGGAUAUGGGCGAAGUCAUGGCCCUUGCCAGCCUAAUGACCUACAAAUGUAGUGUUGUUGAUGUUCCCUUCGGUGGUGCCAAAGCUGCAGUAAAGAUCAAUCCAUCAAAAUACUCUAAUGGCGAGCUCGAGAGAAUUUGCCGUCGCUUCGCCCUAGAGUUGGCCAAAAAGAAUUUCAUCGGGCCAUGCUCCGAUGUGCCCGCCCCUGACGUUGGUACUGGUGAAAAGGAGAUGGCUUGGAUUGCCGAUACCUAUGCCAAUACUAUCGGGUUUGGAGACUUGAAUGCGCUUGGUUGUGUUACCGGCAAGCCUGUUCAGUACGGCGGCGUCGAGGGUCGCACAGCUGCUACUGGCCUAGGUCUCUUCUUUGGAAUAAAGAACUUCCUUGCCUCUGAAAAGAACUGCAAGGCCUGUGGUCUGAACAAGCCUGGCAUUGCUGGCAAGACCUUCAUCAUCCAAGGUUUUGGCAAUGUUGGCAUGUACUCUUUCCAGUUCCUAGAAGAGGCUGGUGGCAAGGUUAUUGGCAUGAUCGAAAUCGACACCGCUCUUUACAAUCCUGAUGGCAUCAAUUUUAAGGAGCUCUUGGAUUACAAAAAGGCCCACAAUGGCUUAAAAGGCUUCCCCAACGCUAAGGAAGUUGACCGCGAUGAACUAAUGUGUAUGCAGUGCGACGUACUCAUACCCGCCGCCCUGCAGAAGCAGAUCACCGCUAAGAACGUCGACAAGAUCAAGGCAAAAGUAGUCGCUGAAGGCGCCAACGGUCCCACUUCUUUUUAUGCUCACAGGGAACUUCUUAAACGCAAUGUCAUGAUCAUUCCGGAUCUCUAUAUGAACGCUGGUGGCGUCACUGUCUCCUACUUUGAAUGGCUCAAGAAUUUGAAUCAUGUCAGCUACGGCCGCCUCAACUUUAAACACGAGAGGGAAAACAACAUGUGCCUUCUCCGCUCGGUUGGAUCCGCUGUUGGGAAACAGGUUUGUCCAUCCAAGGAGUUGGCAGAUCGCAUGGACGGUGCCUCAGAACUAGAUAUUGUCAACUCUGGGCUUGAGUUCACAAUGGAGCGGGCUGCCAAUCAAAUUAUGGAAAUCGCUGACCGCUAUGGACUUGGUCUAGAUUUCAGAACUGCCGCCUACAUCCUGGCUGUUGAGAAGGUCUUCCACACUCUUCGUCUUUCUAGUAAUAUCUUCUAA